UGGAAGUCCAUGUUUUUUUUUUUGGUUGACGGGUAUUGACCGCCAUUCCAUCGCCCUCAGUUCUAUUCGGGUUUUCUAGGAAGUCAAUUGAAUGCCGAGAUUGCUCUCUGGUAAUCCGAAGCUUCGCGCGCAUGCUUGAUGUCUAGUUCUCUGUUCGUGGGUCUCGAAGAAGAAGAACUAUGGCGCGGGGCUGUGUUUCAUCGCUUUUGCGGUUUUGUAAGUCGAAACCCGCCGGUUCCAGGACCAGGGGUUUCGUUUCUGUGCCAAAUUUGCAUUCUUUGAGGCAAUUAGACAACAGGGCAUCAUCAUCAAUAGGUCGCCACGUUUGCCCAUCGUUUGGCUUCCCUUCUCGUCAAAUCUUUACUGGCUUGAUCGAGCUGCAGAUAAUUAUUUCUGGGUCUCCAUUGAAGUGCUCCAAAGUCGGCAGCUUUAAUCGAAUUGAUGUGAGAUUGUUUUCAACGUCCGGCGAGGAUGGGGAUGGUGGGAACAGCGAUGAGAGUACCAGUAUGGACGUUGAUGUGAGUGUUGAUUUUGGGGGAGGGAGCAAGAAUGUGAUAAGCCAGGGGAUUGAUGAUGUUGAUGGCAGAGAUGUGCGCCAGGAUCACAUUGAUGAUGCUCCUGCCAGAGAAAAAAUUGUUGUCAAGAGGAAUAUGGCGUUGUGUGAUCCGAUAGAGUUGUACAGGGAGCUUAGGAUGGCCGAGAAGAAUGAUCAGAUGAGACGGUCUGACUGGGAAGCAAUCCAGGAUGUGUUCUCUUACUUUGCAAAUUCAGGUUGGGCAGCUAACCAGGCCCUCGCAUUUUAUAUUGGCAUGUCGUUUUUUCCUACAGCUGUUCAGAAGUUUAGGAAGUUUAUCUUGGAUAAGUGUUCUGCUGAUCUUGGGCUAUAUUUGGUGUCGCUUGGUCCCUGUGAUGAUGCUGUUAGGUUCCUUUUCCCCAUAUUUGCUGAAUAUUGUCUAGAAGAGUUCACUGAUGAGAUGAAGAGCUUCGAGGCUAUGAUUUCGAAAGCGGACCUUACAAAGCCGCACACUUGGUUUCCUUUUGCUAGGGCAAUGAAACGUAAGAUCGUAUACCAUUGCGGGCCGACAAACAGUGGCAAGACUUACGAGGCGUUGCAGCGAUUUAAGGAAGCGAAGAAGGGUAUUUAUUGCGGUCCGUUAAGGCUUUUGGCUAUGGAGGUGUUUGAUAAGAUGAAUUCCGUUGGGGUUUAUUGUAGUCUUCUCACUGGGCAAGAGAAGAAACGGGUUCCGUUUGCGAACCAUGUUGCUUGUACUAUAGAAAUGGUGUCUGUUGAUGAGAUGUAUGAUGUAGCGGUUAUUGAUGAGAUCCAGAUGAUGGCAGACGCAACCAGAGGCUUUGCCUGGACAAGAGCAUUGCUGGGGGUGAAGGCUGAUGAAAUUCAUCUAUGUGGCGAUCCAAGUGUGCUUGACAUUGUGAGAAAGAUUUGUGCAGAAACUGGAGAUGAGUUGGAAGUACACCAUUGCGAGCGGUUCAAGAAGUUGGAGGUUGAAGCCAAAACAUUGUUGGGAGAUCUGAAAAAUGUCAAGUCUGGGGACUGUGUUGUUGCAUUUUCAAGAAGAGAAAUAUUUGAGGUGAAGUUGGCCAUUGAGAAAAACACUAACCAUCGAUGUUGUGUUAUUUAUGGUGCAUUGCCUCCCGAGACUCGCCGACAGCAAGCUAACUUAUUCAAUGACCAGGACAAUGAGUUUGAUGUAUUGGUUGCAAGUGAUGCAGUAGGAAUGGGUUUGAAUCUAAAUAUCAGAAGAGUUGUCUUUUACAAUCUCUCCAAAUACAAUGGCGACAAAGUUGUACCUGUUCCAGCAACCCAGGUCAAGCAGAUUGCAGGAAGAGCUGGCAGGAGAGGAAGUCGCUUCCCAGUUGGACUCACCACAACCUUGCAAUUAGAUGAUCUUGCCUACCUUAUCGAGUGCUUAAAGCAACCUUUUGACGAAGUUAAGAAAGUGGGACUCUUUCCUUUCUUUGAGCAGGUUGAAUCAUUCGCAGCGCAACUUCCUGAUCUUAAUUUCCCCAAGAUUCUGGCGAAGUUUGCUGAAAGUUGCCGUCUUGAUGGAAUGUACUUCUUUUGUAAGCAUGAUCAUAUAAAGAAGGUAGCAAAUAUGCUGGAGAAGGUUAAGGGUUUGUCUCUGCAAGAUCGUUUCAACUUUUGUUUUGCUCCGACUAUUAUUAGGGACCCAAAAUCAAUGUAUCACCUUCUAAGGUUUGCUUCGGACUACGGUCAGAAAGUACCUGCUAGUAUAGCAAUGGGGAUGCCUAAAGGUUCUGCUAGGAAUGACACUGAGCUCCUGGACCUGGAGACAAAACAUCAAGUUCUGUCGAUGUAUCUAUGGUUGUCUCAUCAGUUUGACUAUGAAAGUUUCCCACAUGGGAAGAAGGCUGAAGCUAUGGCAACAGACAUUGCUGAUUUGUUGGGUCAAUCUCUUACCAAGGCGAACUGGAAACCAGAAACUAGGCAGUCUGCUGGCAAACCAAAACCUCGGAAAAAUGAAGAUGGUUAUGACAGGCCCAAAUCACUAAUCACAUCAUACAAGGAGAAAAGGCAGGGGAAAAACAGGGAGCAGGAAACUCAGAAAAAUUCAGCAGCAUAAAGAUUCUUGCAGGUAGCAUCUUAGUAGUUUCUACUAAUGCAUCUUGUUACUCCUUUUUGGGUUCGGGUCAGUUGCAUAAUAUUCUCUGGUUUAGGUGAUUUAUGGCGCUGACUUGUAAUUUUUGUGGGCAUGAUCUCAUAUGUGGUGCAUUCUUCGAUGUCAUAACUUUAAAACAAAUUUACGUUGUUGUA